AUGUUGGAAGAAUAAAUACCAGAAGAACUUAUUAAUGAGUAAAUUAGUAUGGCUCCUUCUUUAUAUACUCAUAGUUCCAUUAUAUAAGAUAUUUAAAACAAAAUGAUUUAAUCAAGUUCUAAAAUCCAAAAUGAUCCUGUCAUUCUAAAGACUUCAUUGACGAAUGAUAUUUUCAAAGAAGAUAAUUUAGAUAUCUCAUAAUUUGAUCCAAAUAAUCCAAAAUAUAAGAGUAAACCUCAUGAAGUCCAUUUUUAGAUCAAUUCAUUUAUUAAAUAUACUAUCUUUACAUUAAUAUUUACCAUUAUUGGACCUUUAGUUAUUCCUAUUUUUAUUUGGACUCAUAAAUAAUUACUCUAUAACUUAUAGUUAAUUGGAUUUAAAUGGAUGUGUCUAUUCACAUAUAUAAGAUAUUUUUUAGACUUGAUUUUGGCUUUUGGUUUUAUAUACCAUUAAAUAAAUCAAUUUUAAAUCUAAUGUAUAUAUACUGAUUAAAAAUAGUGUUACUUUAUUAUGUAAUCCAAAUCUUUUCAGAAAUAGUUCUUCAAAAUAUUAUGUUAGCUUUCUAUCAUCCUUAAAAGAUUGAAUUAUUAGAAAAAUUCCCUCUUGAACUUAUAUUGAAUAAAUUAGAAAAUUAAAUUAAUCCAUUUCAAUGGUGUAAAUAGAGUCCAGAAUUAAUUUAAUUUGAAUUAGAAUAAUCUGUAAGGAGAUUACACAUUGAACCUGGAUUAUUCUUAUUUUUCUUUAUUGUUUAACCAAAUGAAAAAAGAAGAGACAAAAUUUCUCAUAAAUUUGAGAAUUUGAAGGUGGAAGGUAAGUAUGCCGGAAAUGGAAUUAAAAUGGCUAUAGAAAUCAUUUAAUAUUAUAACGAAUAAUCACCCUUAUAAAAUUACAUAGCAGUAGCAUCUAUUUUCACUAUUAUUCGACUGUUCAUCACAGUCACCUAUUCCUUCUUUUAGAAAGCAACUUCAAUAUAGAUUGCUAUGUUUAUAGCUAUUACUGUUCUUAAUACUAUUGGGUAUUUUGUUGUAAUAUCCAUCAUUUUGAUAACUUUUAGAGACUUAUAAAGAAAAGUAUUUAGUUUGAAUUAACUAUCACAUCUAAUAUCUGCUUAACAAGUGGAAGAAUAUGAUGAAACCAAAAUAUUUCCCACUUUAAAUUUCUUAUGUGUCUAAUCCUUGUUUGCAUGGUAGAAUUUAAGAAAAGUUCUCUUGGAUUAUGGAUUAUAGUAUUAUUAGAGAGAAAAUGCAAUCAUUUCAUUUUGCUUAGAAAUUAUAUUAGUUUUGGUUCUCUUUGCUAUUUUGAAUAUAUUUGAUGUAAUAAGUUGUUACUCUUUAAGUGAUGGUAGUAAGAUCUCCCUAUUUAUAUUGAUAAGCUAUGAUGUGUUAACUAUUAUGUUUUUAUCUAUUCUUGUUGUAUUUUAGGGAGCACGAAUUAAUAAACAUUUUAAAAUUCAUUAGACUAUGUUAAAGAAGAAUAUGUUUACAUAUCAAUAACUAUCAACGCAAUCAUUCAUAAAAAAAGAGUUUCAUGUUUAACCCUAAGAUUUUAUGUUUAAAUCAUUAAAAGCUAUAUUGGACAGAAUACAAUUCGGAAAUUAAAAUAACAAUUGGUUUUUCUUUUAUUCAUAAUAUGUUUUGAAUGCUAUUGAUUAAGCUUAUUCAGAUCUAUGUUAUGAGGAAGAAAAUAGACCAUUUACUGUAUUGGGAAUAGCUAUGACAUAUCGUUUAGCUAUUCAAUUGAUAGCAAGUUUUCUCGGUAUCUUGGGAACUAUUAUUAUAAGUAUAUACUUCAAUAUUGAUAUAUGA